CUUACGUUGAGGUUGCGAAGAGUUUCUUUCUUGGAAGUUACUCUGUUUCUAUUUGAUACAAAAGUCGUUCUAGGAGUCUGAGUGUCGGCUUCUGUUAAAAUGGCUGCGACUAGGCGACUGCAGAAGGAACUUCAAGAUAUGCGAAAAUCGGGAAUGAAAUCCUUUCGUGACGUUCAUGUAGAUGAUGCAAAUAUACUUACAUGGCAAGGAUUAAUUGUUCCUGAUAAUGCACCAUAUAACAAAGGAGCAUUCCGUAUUGAAAUAAACUUUCCUGCAGAGUAUCCUUUCAAGCCUCCUAAGAUAACUUUUCGGACAAAAAUUUAUCAUCCCAACAUUGAUGAAAAAGGUCAAGUAUGCUUACCAAUUAUCAGUACUGAAAACUGGAAACCUGCUACUAAGACAGACCAAGUUAUACAAGCCCUAGUAGCUCUAGUUAAUGAUCCUGAGCCUGAGCACCCUUUGCGAGCUGAUUUAGCUGAAGAGUACAGUAAAGAUAGGAAGAAGUUUUUUAAAAAUGCUGAAGAAUUUACUAAGAAAUUUUCAGAAAAGCGGCCUCCAGAUUAGGUGAUUAAGCAAUGAUAUUUCUCACAAAUACCCACCUACUUUCUUAUUAGAUGCACAGCCAGUCUUUGAAUUGCUAUGCAAAAAUGUCUGGAGUUUUUUUAUUGGAAGUAUCUACGUAGUCACAUUAUCAUUAGAUGCAUUGUAUUUUAUGUUGUAUUUCAUCCAGUAUAGUAUUGUUUAGGCUACUUUUCUUUUUCAUUUCACUUCUAGGCAUGUUAUAUCUGGAUAUAUAAGUAAACAAAAAAUUGCAGGCUAUUCAGAAUUGUACAGUCUUACAUUUUCAGUUUGUGAAACAUAAUUGAAGCAGUUCAUAAAGUAUAUUUGUUAUCGACAUGUUCUUUUAACAAGGAGAAAUAUGAAUUUUUACAUAAUUUUAUAUUAUUUAUAUAGCAGAGUAAUUAUUUCCUACAGCAUUUUAUAGUGAAGCCUUCUCUAAUAUUGAAUUAUUCUGUUCAAGAAGCAAUAUAGUACCCCUAUUUUUAAUAUGUGCUAUUUUUUAAAUAGCUUCUUUGCACUGUAAUUUAUUAAACAGUAUCUGUGUUCCUUAGCCAUUAAUAUGUUUAUUUAUAAACGGAAUUUUAAAACAACAUCUCAUGUUCCAUGUUAUUUGUAACUUAAUCAUUCUAAAUAUUUUCUUUUUGUAUUUUGUUGCUCGGAUUUAAGUGCAAGUUAAACCUGAAAAGCUGAGCUGAGGUGAGGUCUGAGUGAUCCAUUCUUUACUGGGAUUUCAGUUUUACUAAAAACCUGUGGAAAAUAGCAUUUCUGUGAUAAAAGUGGCUUGACCACGUAUAAGGUAGUAAUUUUAUUGUGGGGGAAAAGGGAAAAAAUUUGUGGAGAAGUGAAGAUAAAUAGUAAAAAUUUGUAAAAAGUUUACCACUUGACAUAGCACUGACCUUUUUUAUUAAAAAUUUCUACAGCCAAGAAUUUUACAUUAAUAUUUUCGAUAUUCUGUAAAAAGUUUACAGCUUCACACAGCACUGAUAAUUUCAUUAAAAAUUUCUACAGCCAAGAAUUUAUUCUAAUAUUGUCGAUAUUCCUUCCAAAAUACAUUUAGGAUGCAAAGCAGUAUUAAAAUAACUAAUAUGUUACUAAAUGAGCAUUAUGCUGUGUGUGUUUUUUUAAUUGAAACUGUAAAUCAAAUUUUGAGAAUGCAGUCAGUAUAAGGUCAUGUUUUCCUUAUUAAUUCAUAGAAUAUUUUUAUUUUACAUAUUAUAGAAUUUCUUUUGGUAGUUUUUUUUUAACUAUAAAAAGGAUUGUUUGUCUUCAGAACUGUUUUCCAGUACUGACAGAUAGCAGAUUAUUACUGAACAUAGCCUUGAAAAAUUGCAUUUCUUUGUAAUUCAAAAGUCUAGCUAAAAUUAAGUUAAAAUAGUUCAAAGUUCUGAUUUAAAUGUUGGAUCAGGACUAAUUUACUGUGCAUAUUUUCAAUAAAUUCUUACAAAAUGUUGUCUUAAAGUACCUCUAAGUUCAUAAAAAGUAAUCAUAGGAAUUCUUGCUGCUAUAAAGUUACUAUCAUAUCAUGAAUAUAUAUAUGUAUGUUCACACACAACAUAGUGUAGCAUUUUAAUGCUAAGUUGCAUGAAGGUUUCAUAUUUUACCACUGGAUAGAUUUUAAACCCACCCAGUUUAUUUGAUAAUUAAGUGGGAGUGUGUUGAAAAUUAUUUUAAAAGUUCUUACAUUGUCUCUUUAAAAAUGCAAAUAAAAUAUUAGUAAUAAAAAUUCAAUGGACAGUAGUGCUCAGCUGAAACCUUUACUUUUAUAUAUAUUAUGUGUGUGCAGGAUUCUUGUGAAUAUUACAUAGAUUUUACAUAAUGAUAUCCCUUGCUCUGUGUAGACAAAAAGGAUCUGGAGUUAUAAUAUAUAUAUUUCUAUGACCCAUAAGUUUCAAGGAAAGACAUAAAGGAGAAAUUGUGGCACAUUGCCUUGUUUGCAGAAAAUUAACUUAUAUUAUGAACACCAAAGCUGUUAAAAUAUUAUUUUGCCAAUAGUAAUACGUGUGAGAAUGUUGAUGUAGGGUAUUGUGUUUAUUGAGACUAAGUUUUAAAAUAUGAGCAAGGUUAUUUGCAUUUUUGUAUUGCAAUACAUGCAGCUGCUUUGUAUCUUACUAGAAAAAAAUAGUCUUCGAUUUUAAUAAUUGCAUUUUAAUGAUUAAGUUCUAUUUCCAAAUUACAUUUGCUGCUAGAAAAACAUCAGUCUUUUUCUGAUUUUAAUAAUUGCAUCCUAAUGAUUAAGUUUUGUUGACAAAUUACAUUGGCAAAUGAUUAUAUUAAAAUACUAUUGAAUAUUUACAUUAGUGUUUAAAAUAAUAUUUGAUGUGUAGCAGGUGUAAUAUGCACUUAAUAAUGGGUGCAUUUGUUGCAAGUAUAUUAUGAAUGAUAUUUUACCUGUUAUAAAAAUGAAGGUACCUGAAACCUGCUAGUUAUCAAUAGGUGUUGUUUCUAGGUCACUUUUUUGAUUCUGUAAAGUAACAUUUAUUUUCAUUGCAACAAAUAUUGUAUCAUGAUUUUUCUAUAAUUUUGUUCUCAGACUUUGGGUCACUGUAAUAUAGUUUUUUUGAACUCCUUCAUUCAGAAUCCUCAUUCAUUUAGCUUUCUGUCUUUGUUAUUGCUUGUCGCCAUAUAUUAAUACAAAUAGGAAAUGCAGUGUACGUGGUCCCAGUGUCUGUGAAAGUGGUAAAUGACCUUGGGGUUUGAACCUGGGAUGUAAAAGUCAAAUGCCGUUCUGCUGCUGCAAAAGGGCCUAUGAAAUUGCUUCCAGUAUUUGGAUUUGUUUCCUGGUGCAAGUGUCUGAUGGUCCUCAGGCCGAUACACUCGCUUCUCCCAGCACUUUUAAUGUUAUAUGAAGGGAUGGGACUGAUCAUCAGUAUUAAGCCCAUGCUGUGGGCAUGUUUUGUGAACUCCAUGCAUUGUGGUUUGUUGUGCUGGUGGGCUGUGGCCUCAGUGCAUGGGCAUACCUGGUUGAGUCCUUUUGUUUCUCUUUUUGACAUGGUACUGUAUGUGUCUUAUCAUUCAUCAUUUGCUCUCAGGUGGGAGGAAAUCUGUGUUGUUUUUACAUUCAUAGUCAUAAAUGUAACUUGCUUUCUUUGCUAUUGUACAUGUCACCGUCAGGUUAGCAGAGAUAAGAAAUGCAGCUCUGUGUGGCCCCAUUGCUCUUGAAGGUGGUAAACGUGCUUGGAGCUAAACUUGGCUCUGUUACCUAAAGUUCAAAUAUCAUACUAGCAUUGCAAAAGUGCAGAUGUGCAAUCACACCCAUUUCCUGGUAUGGGUAUCUGACUGGUUCUUGGGAGUGCUGCAAGAGCAAGAAAUAUCACUAUUUGGUUUCCACAAUACUAGCAAGAUACCCUAUAUAUCUAUAUGUAUGCAUAUGAAUAAUGUAGGAAUUAAAUGUGUCAGUGUUAGACAAAUGCUAAAAAUUCUUUUUCUUUUAAGAAUAUUUAAUGUAAAUUUUUUUUUAAUGUGCUGUUUGUGUUGUACAGGUCUCUACAUGUGUCUUGAAGUUGAGGAAUUAAACUACUACAUAAUGACUGUAGUUACAAAUGAAGCAUAUAUGUAUAACUUAUGGUUAGCCAAAGAAGCUUACCUUUUACCUGUGCCUUUAGCUCAGGGAUUGAGCUUUGUUCUCAGUUUAUAUAUUGUACCUUGCCAACAUAAAGACCUAUUACUCUGUAUAUAUACAUAGCGCACAUAAAUACUCCAAGUUAUUAGAAAUCUUGUGACAAUUGUAAUUAAUUGAAUCACCUGUCUGAGGAAGAGGACAAACUUAUUUCAUUUUAUUUAUUUUUAUGUGUAAAUGUAACUCAAGUGUUAUCUACUAGUUUACUUGAACAGAAAAUAAAUUAGUUUUUGUCUCUAUAAUUCACCUUUGUAUUGAAAUUGGAAAAUAUUUCUGAAAUAAAAAUUUAUUUUUAAACUUGUAGUACACUUUUUAACAUUUUUAGCUCUUUUCAGACUGGUGAUUAAGUUAAUCCAUAUUAUAUUUUGUGUAAUUUUUAGAAUGUUUUUGUUAUGAAUUUUAGUUUCAACACCUUAAUUGAAGUUUUAAAAGUAUAUCUGAUUUUGAUAUUAGCCAGUAAUCGGUGCAAAUUUAGGUUAAUUGUGCACAAGUUAUCAAGAUUAGGCUGUCUGUAUGGUUUUAUGUAAUUUAAAUCUGCUUCUGUUAAGUUUUAUGAAAGAAUUGUGACAUAAAAAUACUGCUCUUAAACCUGGUAGAUGAUUUAACUGAUUUGUGGGUAUGUAUGGUGAAUGUCAACUUAUUGUGCGAUGUUCAUACUAGUAUGGUGUUCAAGUUAUGUAUACUGCUUGAUGUCAUGUUGAUUUAAAAAUGUUAGAUUACCUAGGACAGCAUUUCUUAAACUAUGUUCCACAGAACUCCAAGUCUCUGUGGAGAUCAUUUAAGAAUUCCGUGGACCCUUAGUGAAUUUUUGGGUGAACUUCACAGAAUUUGAGUGAUCUGCAUGGAUGUCCUCGGAACAGUGUGCAUUUUUCUCAUAACAUUCAAGAAAAUAACUUAAAAAGAGAAUUAAAAAUUAGCCUGCAUAUUGAAUUAAAAAAAAGAUAAGUACUAACCCUUUCUUCCAUUUAACUAAUCUAGAUAUUGGAUGCAAAUGCAAGGCCAUAUCGUAAGUUUUGACAAUGGCACCAAGAGUUUUUGGUAUUUUAUUGAGAAAUCACCAGAAUGCUGUAUUCGUUAUUCCCCAGCUCUUUUCUUUAUGAAUCAUUGUACAUGGGCUAUUCCACAGAUCUAGGAAUAGAGGAGAAUUCCCCGGUUUUGUGAGAGAAUAUCUUAUGCUUAAAUAUAAAGGGAUGCUACAGGUAGCUGGGCAUAACAGUCACUUCUCAGUAUUUGUUUUCUAAAAUACAGAUUUAUCGAAAUUUUUUAAGUUUUUGUUGAUAAACUUUAUUGAUUUUUAUAACAUUACAUCAGAUCAUACAUACUUCUUUAUAAGGUUAGAAGUAAAAACGCAUCAUCUUGGCAUCCAUAAUGUAAAUUAUAAGGAACUCCAACCAAAAUAACAGACAAGUAUUUAAUUCUGGCAAUCACACGCACAAAUAAAAGAAGAAUCAAAAUUGUGGCUGUAAUCUGUCAUUCAUACCUUCAAAUUGAAAUAUAAACCUAUCGUGUAAUCUGCAGUAGAUGUUUGGUGAAUCACCAUUAUUCAGUAAAUAUCACAUUAUCCAGAGCAGAUGGAGACAGGCUGUAAUAUUCUGCUUUUAAAGUUUUAAAACCUGGAAAUUGUAUUAGUAAUUUGCGUUUUAUAUUCCACUGUUAACAGUAAAAUCAACGUAAGUAACCAUUUAAAUUUUAUUUGGUCCUAAAAGAUGGCUUCUGCUGUAUUUUUUGUCUUAAAAUUAUUUUCUUUAUUUUAUUACAGGAUGGAGAAGUGUCUUAAAAAAAAUCUUCAUAGUGAGUUUAAAGCUAAAAUUAUUUUCUCUAUUUUAUUGCAGGAUGGAGAGGUGUUUUAAAAAAGAUCUGUUCAUAGUGAUUUUAAAACGAGAAACAAUAAAUUCUUCAUUCAGAAAUGUGACAAACUCAAAAUUUAAAAUGUUUAGGUUCGUACCACAAAAACAGUGAAUGAAAAAGCAAUUGAGGCUUCUUACUUCGCUAUCACAUGCAAAGUAGCCUACUUAUUUGUUAUUUGGAGUUGGUAAAAUGUACAAUAGAUGAAAAAAAAAAAAAAAAAAAAGCUAAACUCACACUUUCAAAUGACAGUUCAGCAUAUCAGAUUUAGCAACAAAUGAAUAUUAUUUGAAAUAUGUCAUUUUUGUUGCAAGUAAUCCAUUUGCAGAAUGUUCCGUUAAACCCAUAUUAAUGAAGCAAACAUGGAGUUCCAUGAUAAAAGUGGGCAUUAAAAAGGGUUCCAGUUAUAAAAAAUUAAGAAAUGCUGAUCUAGGACUUAUUUAUUUUGAAAUAAUGAUUUAGAAUGAAAUAUUGCCAUUGUUAUGAAAGAAGGCAUACUUGCAACAUACUGAAAUCUUUAUUUUGCUAUCAUACAAACAUAACUUCCAAGACAUUUUCAAACAUUUUUUUAAUAUACAUAUAGAAAUACGGAACACAUAAAACAGCUGGUAUACCAGAGCAUGAUAUUUUAAAAAACGUUUUUAAUAAAGUUGAGUCUUGUUAAGGGUUGUGUAUUUGCUUCAUAUAUCAGUCAUUUCAGCAGGCAGAAAAGUAUUAAAAGCAACAUAAUAUUCAAAGUUGAUGCAAAGUGAUACAUUUUUAAAAGACAUUGUUUAGAGUAUAAAAAGUGUUUUUUCAUUUUUAAAAUGUAAUAAUAAAUUCUAUCAUCAUCUUUAUUUUUAUUUAUUUAUUUUUUGGUACAGAUGCAUUAGAAAAAGCAAUGUUUUAUUUACAUUCUAUUGCUGAACUGAUGUUGCUUGUGUCAUCCAAGGUGUCUUCAAAAGAAUAGAUGUGUAUGAAAUGCUUGCAUUAUAACAAACUUUUCAGAGCAACUUGAACAAAAAGGUAUAUUAGAUGCGUUUCUGUAAUGCAGUAUGGUUAUAUGUAUGAAACAAAAAAGGAAAAGUCCUACAUCUACAUAAUAUGUAGUAUAGUUGUGUAAGGAAAUACAGUACUAUGAUCAGUAAUUUAUUGAGAUUGAUAUUGUAGAGACCUUAACAUUAUUCAAAGCUGAGUAUAUUUCGUGCAAGUAUAAAAGUGAUGAAUAUUUGCAUGAAAUUGAAUUUUUAGUACUGAUAAGUGCAUCUUAAAUAAUUUCCAUUUGAAUGUGGAGUUGUAUAUAUGAAAUUAGUAAAAAGUAAGAGGGCAGAUAUAAAUCUUUGCAGAAGGAAAAAGGCAAUGCUCUCGUUUUGAAAGUAUUAAGUAAUAUUUUGUUAAAAUUUACUUUAGUUUUUGGUAAUUGCCAAUGAUUUUAAUAAAGUUAUUAUUUACUGAUGCAACCUUUUAAUAAAAACAUAAGAACUGUUAAAAGUGUAGAAUUUUUUUUUUUUUGUGUGUUCCCAGUAUUACAGCUAAUUUACAAAUUAUGAAGAAAUAUUUUUUAAAGCGUUUCCAUAUGCAAGAUGAUAAAUGCCAUUUUAAUAAUCACUAUUGAUGGUAUUUUUAAAUACUUUACAUAGAAACUAAUAUUUUUACUGCAAAUAAGGAAUCAUUUGUUUUGAAAUGAAAAUACUUUUAAUAUGUCAGUUGCAUUUCUUGAUGAAUUAAUGCUGACUUCCACUUUUAAAUGAAAUAAUGCUCAGUUGCAUGUAUUGAUGAACUUAUGCUCAUUACCUUUCUUGAUGAAUUAAUGCUCAUUUGCAUUUCUUAAUUAUUGCUUGAAAUGUCACUAAGUUGUACUUUUCUGUGAUUAUGUUUAAUUAUGGUGAUUCUGAGAAGAUAUUGUGAUAUAUCUGGCAGUGCAUCUAUGUAUGUAAUUGUAAUAUAUAUGUAUUGUUGCGAAGGUGGUGGGAACUGUUGAAUUUUUAUUAGCUGCUUGAAGUGUUAUUAAACGUUAUAUUAAAAAUACA